AGUUUGUUUUUAUUUUAGAGCAAAGCCACAUUGAGCUAUCUUCUGUGUCCAUCUCGGAGAAUCGAACCACGGAUUUUUGCGUUGUAAAUCCGUCAACUUACUACUGACCCAUCGGAAGACCUUUCAAACAGUACAUUGACAUGAAUGCAGCAACUCGUUUUUGAGAAGUGAAGGUCGACGGAUACUGGACGACCAGUCUGAGAACUGUGGAAAUAACAGUGGUAGUCCUCACUAAAAUACACGAAAAAAGAUAGUAGUAAUUUCAAGAUGUUUGCUGUUGUGUUCCUUGUCUUACUGACAGUGACAACUCGCAGCUUAUCCUACAGUGAUUUUUUGGAAAAUGAAAUCAGCAGAGAGCGGAUGCAGCACGAACCGACUUACUUCAUUGUAGCUUCUAAAGUAGUGCGACCUGGUCAAAUCUAUCGGGUAGCCGUAACCAUCUACCGUGCCAUCGUUCCGAUCACCGUCCAAGCGUGUAUUCAGCGAGAUGGAGUAGAAUUAGCCUCAACAACAAAGGAGCACACGGCGAAAAUACCGGAAACUUUACUCCUGAAGGUGCCCUCUACCAGUCUACCUGGUCAGUACAAGUUGCGAAUUGAAGGGAACAUGAACGGAGUGCUAGGAGGAACGGCGUUCGUUAACGAAACCUUACUGGAGUUCUCCCAGAGGUCUAUGACUAUUUUCGUCCAGACCGAUAGCCCCAUCUACCGGCAGAAACAGACGGUCCAUUUUAGAACGAUUCCAAUCACAACCGACCUAAAAGCGUUUUCUGAUGCCGUUGAUGUUUACAUGUUGGACCCCAGAGGAACGAUUAUGAAGAGGUGGCUUUCUCGCCAGACGAACUUAGGAGCUGUGAGCUUAGCGUACGAACUGGCGGAUCGACCUGUUUACGGAACAUGGACCAUUCGCGUGGUAGCUCAGCGACAAGUUGAGGAAAAAACCUUUCUGGUGGAAGAACAUUAUGAGGCACAGUAUGAAGUUAAUGUAACCAUGCCAGCGUUCUUCAUGGACACCAAUGACUACAUACACGGCUCCGUUAUUGCAAAUUACUCAAGAGGAUCCUCUGUGUCGGGAAACCUGAGCUUAACAGCGAAAGUGGAGCCGUUAGACAAAAGUCGAAGUAAUUUUAAGAGUCUAAUACAGCCAACACAGCUUGAACAAACUCUUGAUGUUUUUAAAGGUUUCACUACCUAUCGGUUCAAUAUGCGAGAAUUGGCUGAGCUUGUUUCCAAGCUAGAUGGAUCUAAAGUUAAGGUGACAGCUUGUGUAGGUGAACCCCUGUUAGAUCGUGUGGAAUGUGGAUUCGCAGAAACAGUCAUCUUUAACUCCAGCAUCAAACUUCAGUUCCUUGGCUCUUUUCCUCAAGUUUUCAAACCAACCAUGCCUUUCAAAUCUUAUCUUGCUGUGUCUUACCAUGACGGGUCAGCACUUCCACCAUGGCGUUUGUCCAGUCAGAAACUGGAUAUCAGGCCUACACUGACCAUGUUUAACGGAGGAUCUCAAAAGUUAGACGUCAAGCACGAGCUUGUGUCGCCCGUGCGUCCUGGAGUCUGGGAGUUGGAGUUGGAUCUAUGGGUUGAAUUAGGUGGAAAAACAUUGCUAAACAAUAUCAAGUCCCUCCAUUUAGAGGCACAUUACAAAGAUGAGACAGGAGAGCGAGCAAAAGCUAACCUUCUUGUUUACGCCUCCUAUUCUCCUACCGAUCGCCACCUUCAGGUAAUCACCAGCACUAAAAACCCAAAGGUGGGUGAAUUCAUUAUACUUCACGUGAGAGCAAAUUACUUUGUGGGGAACUUCUCAUACGUGAUUGUUUCCAAAGGAAUCAUCCUGUUGGCUGGACAGGAAGAAAUGACGUCAAGUAUUAAAACUUUUGCUGUAGCUCUCUCUCCGGAAAUGACGCCCACUGCUACUAUAGUGAUUUACGAUAUAGCUCGAAAGGGCGUGGUCAUUGCUGAUAGCUUGACGUUUCCAGUUGACGGUUUCUCUAGGAAUAAUUUCACUGUGAAGUUGAAGAAGAGCAAAAACAGUGAGAUUGUAGAAGUGACGGUUACUGGCCGACCUGGAACGUUUGUGGGCGUGGCAGCAGUUGAGAAAACUCUGUACAGGAUGCAGACUGGAAAUGAACUCAACCACGGCGACGUUCUGUAUAAAAUGACGACUUUUGACAACUCUUCCAACGGAACGCUGAUGCACGUGUUUCAUUCGAGAGAGGGAGAACCUGAUGACAUAAUCCAGUUUCCUUCUUCCACCUACGGUAUUGACACUAAUAGGACAUUUGAGUAUGCCAACUUGGUCGUGUUUACUGACGCCAAUAUAACGAAGCAACCAGAUCAUUGUAACUCCAGUCGGGGAUACGUAGCUUGCAUGAGUGGAAUGUGUUAUUCAAUCACAAAACGCUGUGAUGGAGAGUGGGACUGUAAGGAUGGAUCUGAUGAAAGUGAAUUCAGGUGUGGGCGCCCUCCAAGAGAUGAGUUGAACCUCAAACACUUCAGGUUACAUCGGAUGAGUCGACGUUCACAGCUGUAUGAGAAUUCAUUACUGUGGAGAGACAUAACCAUUAACUCUCAAGGAUACGAGACAUUUCACGUACCGUUAUCCAAGUAUCCAACUAACUGGGUUGUCACUGCGUUCGGAAUGAGCAGUGACAUGGGUUUCGGAAUCCUUCGUCCAGCGUUACAGUUUUUCAGUGUGAAAUCCUUCUUCGUGAAUGUUGAAAUGCCAAUAGUAUGUAAAGAAGGAGAACAGAUUGGAAUUAGAGUGACUGCGUUUAAUUACAUGCCAAUAGAGAUUGAGGCGUUUAUAAGUGUAGCUAAGUCACAAGACUACGCUUUUGUUAAAGUGGACUCCAACAGCCCAGGUGAAGAGCAGGAAUAUGGAGUGAAGAUUCCUCCUGGGAAUUCCGAGAUAGCGUACCUGCCAAUAAUGCCUGUCCGCUUAGGACACAUAAAUGUUACUAUUAUGGCGAAAACUCAAGAUUUCAAGGAGAUUAUCAGUCGUAGCCUCCUAGUGGAACCAAAUGGAAUAGUUCAACCAUGUCAUAUCUCUCUGCUCCUUGAUCUAACUCAGGGCGCUUACCUUUUCAAGUAUUUGGACAGUAACAUAAGUAGAACACCUUUCCUACCCGGUCAAGAUAAUCAGCUCUAUAUCCCUGGCUCAAAUAAACUGAGAUUGUCAGUUUCGGGAGAUGUUGUAGGCCCUAUUUUCCCGACGAUACCAGUAAAUACAACGACUAUGUUCCGAAAACCCUGCGAUGGUGGAGAACAGAAUAUGUUCAAUUUCGCUGCUAACUUACACGCUCUUUUAUACCUACGUCAGACUAACCAGAAGACAUCGGAACUAGAGAGGAAAGCCAUCCACUACCUAAAUCUUGGUUAUCAGCGUCAACUGAGCUAUCAGAAUGAAGAUGGAUCAUUUGGAAUGUUUGCGUGGAAUAGCAAGCCCAGUGUUUGGCUAACCGCGUUUUGCGUUCAAGUUUUUCACAAAGCUACGAUUGAUGAGUGGAAAAACUUCCUUUUCGUUGACCCUAGAGUUAUUGCCAAGGCUGUCAAGUGGUUGUUGAAUUACCAGUCACCAGAUGGCUCGUUUACAGAAACAGACCCCAUUAAUUUUGGCAAUAAAAUGAAACUGAAAAGUGAAAGGCUUGAUGACAUGGCUAGCCGCAAGAAAAUUUCGUUAACAGCGUAUGUUCUAAUUACUCUGGUGGAAGUGAAGAAUUUGGGUGGGCAACUCGGGGCCAGGGCAAUAACUAGUAGAACUGCAGCACAGAGAUAUCUAGAAAGAACACUUCACGUUGUAAAGAACUAUGACGACCCUUUCGUGUUGGCUAUCGUAACAUUUGCUUUAACCCUAACCAACAGCAACAAUGGAGGAGAGGCUUUUAACAUGCUCGAUUGGAGGAUGAGAGAAUCAAAUGGUAUGAAAUACUGGGCAAGAGAACCUGUUCCCCCUCCUCGAACUACCAUCACAAACAACCGGACAUACCUUUUACCCAAACUACCUCACAAGCACGAGGCUUCGAAUGUCCUGACGACAGCGUAUGGUCUUUUGGUUCAUGUAGCCAGGCAAGCCGUCAUCCAAACAGACAUUGUUAGGUGGCUUGUCGCUCAGCGGUUGCAUGAUGGCGGCUGGGGUUCUACUCAGGAUACUUUAAUCGCCUUCCAGUCGUUAACCGAGUACACUGUACACUCAGGACAGAAGGACCCCACUGAUAUCACUCUCACUGUUGAGUCCUUGUCCACCCCUGGCUCUGUGUGGCAGCUCCACGUUGGAGAUGAUAAUCUUUCACAACUUCAAACUAUAGAGAUACCACAAGCGUGGGGAGCUGUGAUAGUGAAAGCUCAAGGAACUGGGCUAGCUACUGUUCAGUUAUCUGGUGAGUACAGUGUAGAUAAGCCUCAGCUGCUGACCCCACCACCAGUGAAAGCCUUUUCUCUGUGGGUACGUGGUCAUUUUUUUGGCCGAAACAACUCGCAUAUAACAUUCCAGUCCUGCCAGAGCUGGACUAACCAAGAUGAGAGCCUUGCCAGUGGUCUAGCGGUGUUAGAAAUAGACAUUCCGACUGGAUACAAGAUACAGCAGCGAGAACUAAAUUAUUAUGUUCAGACUGGUCAAGUUAAGAACUUGCGACAAGCAAGAUAUAGAGAUAGAAAAGUUACUUUCUACUUUGAUUACUUGCAUGCCUAUGAAACAUGUGUUUCAUUUACCGUACAACGGUGGUAUCCAGUAGCGAACAUGUCGAGACACUUGGAGGUUAAGAUAUAUGAUUAUUACGCACCAGAACGAUACAAUCAGACAAUCUUUGAUGCAUCCAACUUAUACUUAUUGAACAUCUGUGACGUUUGUGGAUCGUACCAAUGUCCAUACUGCCCCGUAUACACAUCCUUUGCUAAUGUCAUGCAUCUAAAUGAUUUGGUAUUAUCUUUCGCUUUAAUUUCAUCUAUUCUUGCUGUGCUAACUGGUUCAAAGGAAGUGUGAUUAGACAGAGGUUAAUUUCAAAAUGCGUUUUGAACACUUCUUUUGAAAAAAAAA